UUUCUCUUUAACUUGUGAUAUAAGAAUUAUAUGGAAUGUCUGUCUUAUGUUAUAAAGAUUUCUAAGAUUCUAGCACAAAUCAUUUCCUUUUUUGCUCAAAGAAUAAACCAAAACCACUGAAUUGUUACAAAGUGGUCUGGUUUGUUUAGUGUAUAACUUUAUGCAACAAGCUUUGAGUAAGUCUUUCUUGAUAUAGCAAAGUCGUUAAGAUCCUGCAAUGGUGUCAGAGCCUUCACAACUUCGUCCAUGUUAGGACGGCUUUUAGGUUCUCUACUAAGGCAACUAUAAGCUAACUGAGCAAUUUUCUGCACUGCUUUUAAAGAAUAAUUUAGUUCCAAGCGAGGAUCAACAAGUUGGUACAGUUUUCGCUUGUCAGCUAAAUAUGGUCUAGCCCAUGAAACAAGAUUUUGCUCCCCACUCGGACGCUUCUUGUCCAUCGAUCUUCUUCCUGUUAAAAUCUUGAGUAACAAAACUCCGAAGCUAUAAACAUCGCUGUUAGAAGUUAAGUGUCCUGGUGAAAAUACAAACAGAAAAUUACAUAACCGGUUAGUCCUCGUAGGUCUUGCAAAGGUUUCUACUGCAUUUUAUGGUGCCUGGAUGGAUUAUUGAUGUAUAAAAUCAAAUUCAGUAUGUUACAUUGUUCAACUUAAGAGACUAAAUUUAUAUUUCAGAAAUCUGAAGGACUAAACUCACAACUCUUACAAUUUUAAGGACUACAAUGUUAAUUUAUUUUUUUCUUGUCCUUUCAAGCUGUUUACUCCUACAUUUUUACCUGUCAUGACAUAUUCUGGAGCAGCAUAAACAUAAGUUCCAACUCUGGUUGAAACAUGUGUCUUGUCUCCUUGAGGUCCUGCUUUUGCUAGACCGAAAUCUAAAAGCUUUGCGAUAUACUCCUAUAAAACACUACACAUUAGAAGCUAACCAAAAAAAAGAGAAAAAGAUAGAGAAAGCUUUCUUCCUAAAAGACCCGAUAUCGCUUAUUAUAGCACAUACCGUAUCAAGCAGAAUGUUUGAUGUUUUGAAAUCUCUAUAGAUGACUGGUUCUGGACCAUUAUGGAGGAAAGCCAAUCCUUUAGCAGCCCCAAGUGCAAUCUUCACCCUGUUGGACCAUGGAAGAGGUACAGUUCCUUCAAAAAUUAGGCAGCAUCAGCAUUCUUAUUGUGAGACAAAGAGGAAAGAAAGCAAAACAGAACAGUAAGUUGCAAUCAUUUCAUGUCUGUUAUCAACAAACCAUCGUUUUUUUAUGUCAACCUAUCUUUUGUCUUAAAAAUGGCUUGAUGUCACCAUGGCAACUCUAAUGCAUUGACCCGUGGUUUUCUAAUAUGGGCAACUCUUUGUGACACAACGUUGUUUUUCUUAACUUUUUUUACACAUGAUUUUAUAAUUAAAAAAAAUCAGAUUUUCCUUUUUCACUUUCUAGUCUACUUAAUGAAAAUAACAUAAAAUUGGGUGAAAAAUCAUUUUUUUUUGACAAAAAAAAUUGGGUGAAAAAUUAUGUUACUUUUGUUAUGGAAUAGGAUAGGAUGCCCAUUAUGUUGAAUUAUUGCCUAACAUAUCCUUUAUUAUAAAAGCUAGAGUUGUCUAGCUAUCAUGUUUGCCCUAAUCUCUAGCUAUUUUCCCUCCUAACCUGGAGUUUAAUCUCAGCCGUUGAUUCAUAUACAUUGCUGUUUUAAUCUCAACCGUUGAUUCAAAUUCAUUUCCUCUCUCAUACAGAUAGGUCAUAAUGACCAAUGAAAACAUAUUUAAUGCUAAUAAAACCACCAUAACUCUUAACGAUUGUCAUCUCCCACCAUUAUCAUCUCCUACCAUUGAGAUUGCUAUCCGAGAUAGAGUGAUAGGAAGAUAUGUGUUUCAGGGUGAAAUUUCCCUCAAAUUUUACCACUAAAGUUAAAUGUUCGUUCUUCACAGUGCAUGUACAAAGACAGGUUUGUUUCACUUUAUGAUUUAAUAUUUUUUGUUGUUGUUGAAAUCAUGAUUGCAGUUGUUCUUCCUUUUUUUAGUACACUGUCUGACUUCUAGGAUGUCGGAGAACUACCACCAUUUUUCGUCGCACAAUAUUUCUACGAGCUACCGGAGCAAUGGCACUUGCUAGAUGGUGAUGGGAAUACUCACAGUGUCAUGUUCAACAAAUCAGUUAGUCGGCCGUUGUUGACAGAUGGUUGGAGUGCGUUGCGAUUAUUCUACGAAUUUAGUGGCAGUAAGAUUAUUGCUUUCCAGUACCUUGGUGGAAGUAGAUUUCAAAUUUUUGUUUUUGCUCAUAACAUUACUCCAGUUGAUUAUCCACCGUAUCAUUCCAUGAGUGAGGCGCCAUCAUGUUAUUGUACCUUUGAAAUUCCUAUCGCUGGAUAUAGAUCGACAAAAUCACCGAAGGAACUACCCGAUACUUUUGGCAAAUUCCUUAGAGUGAAGCAUCACGAUUACGUCAUGUUGUGCGGACCUUAUGACAACAUCAUUCCUGUGAGACUCAAAUAUACAGAUGAUCCCGUACCAAAUGUCAUGUUCGGAAGAGGUUGGACGAGUUUUUGUGCUGCCAAUGGUAUUGACGGCGGAGACGUCUUGAUUUUCAAGUGCAAGUGCGUCAUGGACAAAAAAUAUGUUAUCAUAUCCAAGCGUUGAUAAACGCAUGACUGGAGUUUUUUAUUAAUAAUAGUAUAAGUUAGCAAAGGAUAGUUUAAUUUCUUCUUUGAAAGAAAGAGUAAUUUACUUUUUAUUUUCAACUAUUAUCAGCUUUGCAUCAAUAA